ACUCCCUUCUAAUUAAGGUUAGUAGUGAUACUUAAUUAUUUGUAGCUAAUUAAGCUAAUGCAGACGAUGGCUUACACUAAUCACUGGAAGCAAGUACUAGCCGUAGCCUCGCUACUAGUGGCCGUCGCUUGUGUUCGCACGAUCGCGGCGCGCGAGCUCGUGGACGCGGCAAUGGCGGAGCGGCACGAGCGGUGGAUGGCCAAGCACGGCCGCGCCUACGCUGACGACGCCGAGAAGGCGCGGCGGCUGGAGGUGUUCAGGGACAACGUGGCGUUCAUCGAGUCGGUGAACGCCGCGGUGGGCCGGCACAGGUUCGUGCUGGAGGUGAACCAGUUCGCCGACCUCACCAACGCCGAGUUCAGGGCCGCGAGGACCGGGCUCCGGCCGUCGUCCCGCGGCAACCGCGCGCCGACGGCGUUCCGGUACGCUAACGUCAGCGUCGGCGAUCUCCCGGCGAGCGUCGAUUGGCGGAGCAAGGGCGCCGUCAACCCUGUCAAGGACCAAGGCAGUUGCGGGUCUUGCUGGGCGUUCUCGGCGGUGGCGGCCAUGGAGGGCGCCGUGCAGCUGAGCACGGGGAAGCUGGUGUCGCUGUCGGAGCAGGAGCUGGUGUCCUGUGACGUCGAGGGCGAGGACCAGGGCUGCGAGGGCGGGCUCAUGGACGACGCCUUCCAGUUCAUCAUCAACAACGGCGGCCUCGCCACGGAGUCCGACUACCCGUACACGGCGAGCGACGACAAGUGCGCCACCACCCGCGGGGCCGGGGCCGCCACCACCCGCGCCGCCGCCACCAUCAGAGGCUACGAGGACGUGCCGGCCAACGACGAGGCCGCGCUCCUCAAGGCCGCGGCGAACCAGCCCGUUUCCGUGGCCGUCGCCGGCGGCGACCGGCACUUCCAGUUCUACAAGGGCGGCGUCCUCUCCGGCUCCGCCGGCUGCUCCACCGAGCUGGACCACGCCAUUACUGUGGUCGGCUACGGCGCGGCGAGCGACGGGACCAAGUACUGGGUGAUGAAGAACUCGUGGGGCACGUCGUGGGGAGAGGGAGGGUACGUCAGGAUGGAGAGGGGCGUCGCCGACGACGAGGGCGUCUGUGGCCUCGCCAAGAUGGCGUCCUACCCGACGGCCUGACCACGAUCGAUCUCCAUGCAACACGCGAUUAAUUAGCAUGAUUUUAAAUAAGCACCGUGGUCUGGCCUGAUGGAUGGAUGAUGCCAUGUUCCUGAAUUUUGAUGCUGCAAUACAGAUCUUGAAUAUAAUGGUAAUUUGCACAAGAUCAUUUUUUGUUUGCAACUUGGAUUAUUUGAAUAGAUGAAGGAUUGAUCAAGGCUGUGUAUUUAUAAAGCUAUGCAGUUAAAGCCACAUCGCCAGUUCGCCACCAGUUGGAUUAUGGCGUGAUGCCAAUGCCAUGCAUGUUUCCUACUUGUGACUUGUGGCAUAUCUAAAACAGAUAGA